GGUUCAACAGUAGCUACCAAGACUUCAGUCGGAACAGUAAGCGACCAGAUCCCAAACCGUUCACACAAGACAACUCCAAGAUCGCAACAUGAGGGAAAUUGUACAUUUGCAAGCUGGCCAAUGUGGCAACCAAGUUGGAGCUAAGUUUUGGGAAGUAAUUUCAGAAGAACACGGUAUCGACCCUAGCGGAAUUUACUUGGGCCAAAGCGAUUUACAAUUAGAGAGGAUUAACGUAUAUUAUAAUGAAGCCACAGUUGCGUCUCACAGCAAUGGAGGAAAAUACGUUCCAAGGGCGAUUCUUUUGGAUUUGGAACCAGGAACAAUGGAUGCGGUUCGCUCCGGUAUCUAUGGAAAAUUAUUUAGACCGGAUAAUUUCGUUUUUGGUCAAUCCGGUGCUGGUAACAAUUGGGCAAAAGGUCAUUACACCGAGGGUGCUGAACUGGUCGAUGCCGUUUUGGAUGUUGUUCGAAAAGAAGCUGAAAAUUGCGAUUGCCUUCAAGGAUUUCAAUUAACUCAUUCGUUAGGUGGUGGAACCGGUUCUGGAAUGGGAACUUUAUUGAUUUCUAAAAUUCGGGAAGAAUACCCCGAUAGGAUUAUGAAUACUUAUUCGGUUAUGCCAAGUCCGAAAGUAUCCGAUACAGUAGUCGAGCCUUACAACGCUACUUUAUCCGUUCAUCAAUUGGUGGAAAACACCGACGAAACUUAUUGUAUUGAUAACGAAGCUUUGUACGAUAUUUGUUUUAGAACUCUUAAAGUACCAAAUCCAAGUUAUGGCGAUUUAAAUCAUUUGGUUUCUUUAACGAUGUCAGGUGUAACCACAUGUUUACGAUUCCCAGGACAAUUAAACGCCGAUCUAAGAAAACUCGCCGUUAAUAUGGUUCCAUUCCCACGUCUUCAUUUCUUUAUGCCCGGAUUUGCACCAUUAACCUCGAGGGGAAGUCAACAAUACAGAGCUUUAACCGUACCAGAAUUGACCCAACAAAUGUUUGAUGCUAAAAAUAUGAUGGCUGCUUGCGAUCCACGUCACGGAAGAUACUUAACCGUAGCCGCCGUUUUUAGAGGAAGAAUGUCCAUGAAAGAGGUUGAUGAACAAAUGUUAGCCGUUCAGAAUAAAAACAGCAGCUAUUUCGUCGAAUGGAUUCCGAAUAAUGUUAAAACAGCCGUUUGUGACAUACCACCAGUCGGAUUAAAAAUGUCAUCUACUUUCAUAGGCAAUACAACGGCCAUUCAGGAAUUGUUUAAGAGAAUAUCCGAACAAUUCGCCGCCAUGUUCCGCAGAAAGGCUUUCUUGCAUUGGUACACAGGCGAAGGUAUGGAUGAAAUGGAAUUUACCGAAGCCGAAUCGAACAUGAACGAUUUAGUCUCUGAAUAUCAACAGUACCAGGAAGCUACCGCCGAUGAAGAAUACGAGGCGGAAGAAGAAGCUGCCGCCGAUGAUUUUAAUUGUUAACAGUUUAGAUUAAAAGAGUUACUAUUUAUUUAUUCGAAAAAAAAUCUUAUUUGAUUAUUUAAGUUAAUUAAGAAACGAUGCAUUUAGAAUUUUUUGAUUAAAUCGGUUUUUUUUUAUCAUAAAAUAAAAAAUUGUAGUUUCAAGACUGAAUUUUAUACUUUGAUAUCAAUAAAGAUCUUGAAUGGUU